CAUCAACAUGCCCAUCAAAAAAGAAGACCGCGUGGUCGAUACAGACAACAUACAGGGCAGUAUCUGGCCCCGUCUGCCCAAGUAUUAUGAAUCUUACCUCUUCUUCAAGAUCACCAACAAGGGGCGCUUCAGGAAACACCUCCGAGCUCUCGUUGAUAAGAAGAAAAUUACCACUGGUAGUCAAUGCGAGGAGCACUUGCUCGCAGUUAAGGAGUUCGAAGAAGCCUGUGCACACUCUCGACGUGAUGUGCCUGAGUCCGAGCGAGAGCCCUUUACCGCGGUGAAUAUCGCCUUUACCCACAUGGGUCUGCUCAAGGUUGAAGACCCCGCGGUCGCUACAAGAUUCGCCGAGACCCUCAAAGAAGAUCGAGACGCGUAUUGCAAAGAGCGAAUCAACGAGGGCCUCUUCGAGAAGGGCAUGUUCGAUGAUCUCGUGUACGAAGGAGCCGAUAGCCCUCCGGCAUUGCAUCCGGAUUUCCGCGCUCCUCCCGGAAACGAAAACAAGAAAGAUCCCGAACGGUGGGAAUGGCGAGUCGAUGGGGUUUUCAUCGUGGCUGCCCAUACUUCCGAGGCUCUACGCGCGAAGAUUGGCGAGGUGGAAAAUGAAUUCCAUACUGGGGAUGCGAAUAAGAUCAGUAUGAGGAUUGCGUUUAGACGGGAUGGUCAGGUGCGUCCGGGUGCGGACCGUGGAAAGGAACACUUCGGAUAUGAAGAUCAUAUCUCGCAACCGAAGAUCAAGGGCUUGGAUGAUCCCCCGGCCACGGGUGAACCUCAUGCCUGUCCUCCAGGAUACAUCUUUCUCGGUCACGAAGGUGAUCCCAACAAGAAGAGAGGCCCCGCAUGGGCCAAGGAAGGCAGCUUCUUUGUCUUCCGUCAGCUCGACCAGAAGGUUCCUGAAUUCAACACCUUCCUCAAGGAAGCGGCACCGACAAUCCCAGGCACCAACUACAGCGGAGACGACGGCCCGGAGAAGCUAGGAGCUCAUCUAAUGGGCCGAUGGAAGAGCGGAUGCCCCAUCACCAGCGCCGAGCGCCCCGAAGCCAUCGACCGCGACGUCCCGGAACUAGCAUUCUCCAACAAAUUCGACUUCCGACCCAAGAAGAGCAUCAAGGGAUGUCCGUUCGCGGCCCACAUCCGCAAGAUGCGUCCCCGGGCCGAUAAAAAGCAGGAUAUCGGAACCGAAGACGAUGGGGACAACGAGCCCAUUCCCGAUCUGGAGACUGAUGAGAUUCUCGCAGAGGGACAACACGAGGAUGCCAGUGUCAUCCUCCGUCGGGGAAUCGCCUUCGGGCCUGAACUCACCGAGGAAGAAAUCGAGCAGAACAAGACGAUCGAGCAGCGCGGGAUCUACUUCACUUGCUAUCAGAGUUUGAUUCGGGAUGGCUUCAACUUCCUCAUGACUCGUUGGGCGAGCAACGCAUCCUUCCCUGAAUACAAGGCUAAGACCUACCCCGAUGGGCCGGGGAUGGAUCCGUUCAUCAACCAGAGGUUGCGGAAGGAUCAUCCCACUGGGCAUAUUAGUCUGUAUGAUGGAGUCAACCCGGAUAGAACCGUCAAGCUGGAGCUUGGGUUGAGUCCGUGGGUCCAUCAGAGAGGUGGUGAAUACUUCUUCACGCCUUCGAUCAAGGCUCUGCGGGAGCAAUUUUCUGCUCCUUGA